CACAGAGGGAAUUUAUCUUCAACACGUAGUCAAGAAAUUUUAUCUCAACAGCGUUGAUUUUUUUUAAGUAAAAGUGUCCAGAAUGGAAAGUUUCAAUCUUGAAGAAACAUUGAAAAAGCAUUUACCGAAAGAAGAAUAUACUAAAGUAGCUAAAAUUUUAUACGGAACUCCAUUAGAAUCAUUAAAUCUGAAAAAUUAUCAAGGAAAAAAUGAUCUUGAAGUACAAGGCUACGAUUUUUUGCCGUGUUCUAAAACAGAGUCGACUCCAAAGCGUCGAGUCCGGGUGGGAUUAAUCCAGCACCAGGUGACAUACCCUACGGACCGGCCUAUCAGUGAACAAUUGUCGGACAUCCAUCGUAAAAUUGAAGAUUAUAUAAAAUAUGCCGCCGCAAAUGAUGUUCAAGUGUUGUGUCUUCAAGAAGCUUGGAACAUGCCAUUCGCAUUUUGUACUCGUGAAAAAUACCCCUGGGUGGAAUUUGCGGAGGACGUUAACUCUGGACCGACGACAAAAUUACUGUCAACACUUGCGCGCGAGAACAAAAUGGUGAUCGUGUCGCCCAUUUUGGAACGGGACACUGUUCACGGCGACACCUUGUGGAACACUGCGGUCGUAAUUGACAACUAUGGUCAGGUCCUGGGUAAACACAGGAAAAAUCACAUUCCGAGGGUCGGGGAUUUUAACGAGUCAACUUAUUACAUAGAAGGUGACACAGGUCACCCGGUUUUUCAAACUGAUUAUGGGAAAAUUGCUAUAAAUAUUUGUUAUGGGCGUCAUCAUCCUCUCAAUUGGGUUAUGUUUGGAAUCAACGGCGCUGAGAUUGUCUUCAACCCAUCAGCAACAGUAGGAACUCUAUCAGAACCACUGUGGCCAAUAGAAGCGAGAUGCGCAGCAAUAGCGAACAGUUACUACACAUGCGCAAUAAACCGAGUGGGUACCGAGACAUUUCCCAACGAAUUUACGUCCGGAGACGGCAAGCAAGGUCACAGAGACUUUGGACACUUUUACGGGUCUAGUUACAUCACUGCGCCGGAUGGUACAAGAACUCCCGGGCUCAGUAGGCACCGUGAUGGCUUGUUGAUUGCAGACCUUGACUUGAACGCUUGCCGUCAAGCCAAAGACAUCUGGGGAUUCAGAAUGACGCAGAGACUCGAUAUGUACGCUAGAGAGCUCCAGGAGGCGAUAAAACCUGAUUAUAAACCCCAGAUAAUUAAGAAAUAAUGAAAAGAAUGUUUUUACAAAUGAAAUAUUUUAAAUAUUUUAAUAUUAAUGUGAGAAAUUACAUUGUUGGUUUUAUAAAAACAGUAUCUUAUACUAA